AGAGAGGACCGCGGGAGGGGGGAGGGGGAAUAAAUUCCACGAUUCUCGCGUUUCUCGCAUGAGAGCAUCACGAGCGUUGUUGUGUCUGCUUACGAGUAUACGAUGUCGGAAGUGGACGUGCAGUGAUCUGGCACCUAGUAUCAGCUCCUCGUGCUGCACGUUACUCGAAAGAUUCACAUACUAAUUGCUACUAGUCGCACCCGCGCGCGCGCGCGCGCGCGCGUGUGUAUGUGUGUAUAUGUGUGUGUAUUGAACCCCCACCAGUUGCAGGGUGUUACUGCACUGUAAACCCCAUGACGCAUUUAACACAUGGCCCGCCUGGAGAUACCGAGUAUAGUGGUAUAUAAAGGAAGCAGGUCGCAAGAUCGACCUGAGAGUCCCACGGUGGUGGUGCGAGGAGGAAUGCCCUCACUGCCAUCCUCCAGGCAAGGCCUCGCCGUAAGUGGCUCCGGUGGUGGUGCACCUCACCAGGACGCCUCGGAGUCGGAUAUGAUAGACGGGAAUGCCAACCCCAACGUCGGCACCUCCCCCGUACCGAACUCGAUCCACCGUCCCGCGUCCUCCUGCCCGCUGUCCGACAAAUCGGACACUGAAAGCAAGAAUUUUCGCAAUCGGACGAACACGAAAUUGAAGCUGUUAGUUAGAAGUCAUGCCAUGAGAGAGUCGACUUCCCCUCCGCGGGAACCGCACGGUCCAUCGUCGCCGCAUAGUCCGCAAUCGGCGGACAGCGAGAAGAAGAUCGUGUGCAGCCUCUCGCCCAACUCCACCGGCGCCAAGCUCAACAAUAACGAGUCCAUGUACAACAGCAAUCUUUGUUCCGCUCAAUCUCCCAAACAAAUGCGCAACACGGCGACCUCACCGACUUGUCGGACACCGUCGCGAAAUGGUCAAUCUAGUCCUUCUCAGGUACAUUCACCAAAGAACAUCACUUCUCCGACCAAUGGCAAUAAAUUGGAGAACCAUCGCUCCAAAUUCGCUAGCGCGAAUAUCAUUCAGAAAUGCAAUAAUUGCGUGAAGAACAAUCAGAACGAGCGACCAGGAUUAUUACAGACUCCAAUAUCACCUACCAGAUCCGGUCAAGCGUUGCAGCAUUCGCCAAAGAGCACCAAUCUCGCUCCGAGUGGUCAGAACAAUCAGCACAAAUCCGAACAACGCAGGCCGAACACAUUGAACAUCUGUAACAAUCAAUGUUCGGCACAAUGCGGUAAUACACUCUCAGUAAGCAGACCUGGAUCUAGGCACAAACUGAGACAUCAAAAUUCAUCACAAGGCAGUUAUGACAGCGCAUCACCAUGUCUAUCACGUGACAGUAGUACGGAACUGUACACAGAUAGCACCGGGAUAGAUCUCGAACAAUUCAUAGCGGAGACUAUAAACCGCAAUCAGAAGGAUCGGACGGUGUUGCUGAAAAUUGAGAAGGAUUUAAUCGAGUUCGCGAAAGACCGACAGAAGGUCUCCCACAAGUUUCCAAAUAUGUCGUCGUACAACAGAAUGCUCGUACAUCGAGUGGCAGCUUAUUUUGGCAUGGAGCACAAUGUGGAUCAGUCGGGUUUGAGUGUCAUUGUUACACGGACAAAGAACAUGCGAAUACCGGAUACUCGUUUCAAGGAGCACAUCAGGGAUGAUCUGAUUUUAUCGGAGGAGCCGCGAAGGAGCAUUUUGAAGCGGGACUCAAGUUCAUUCGAGGAUAGCUUUAAUUUCAAAUCGCCUGACAGGCUAGGAGGCGAUUGCUGCCGGCGUAGCAAGAGCUUCGAAGAGCGGGAAGAGGAAUACGAACGUGCUAGACGAAGGAUAUUCAAGGACAGCAGUGGUGAAAGUAGCGAAGUCACGUCCUGGCCGUGGUCCUCGACGGAGAGUUCAGAUGUCUCUGCAAGAUUUCGUUUGUUGCAUCCGGAUCACCUAGUCAGGCAAAAUCGACUGCUGAAGGGCGAAUCCUUUGACGGAAGGGAUUCGUUCCGCGGUACGGUCUUGCGCCCGUCCGUUUCUAAGUCAUUCAGUUUCGGUGGAUACACCAAAGGCAUGUUGACGAGGGGGGAUAGUGUUACGUCCACACAUAGCGCGGGAGCUCGCCUCAUGAAACAAGAUUCGGGGGCUAGUAUGUGUUCACGGCUGAGUCCAAGUCGCUCGAGCAGCGGCUACAAAUCGCAGAGCCAGCGCAGUGACGCGACGAUAUCGCCAUCUCCGUCGCCCUCUCCCGUGCCAGCCGCUAUGACGUGUACUCAAGUAUCUAGUCAGGAUUUAGUCUCACCAGAGUCGGGCAAUGGCCAGACAGUCAUGUGGGCAGUCACUAGUUUAUCUAGUGUACCGCCCGGCAGCAUAAUAAUAAACCCGCAAACUAAUCAGCCAUAUACGAAUCCAGACGGCUCGAUUUAUCGCUACGACCCGGACAAUCCACCAAAGUUUUUCAUUGAAAACGAAAACCGCAACACGACGCCGUCCGUGGCUAACAAACAGCACACGGAAUCGCCCUCCGAGCCGUCCAAAACGACAAACAACAAUCUCAAGAAUGAUAGCAAGAAACAAAGGUCGCCACAGUCAAGAAUUAACGCGACGUCCGGGACUCAAGUAACGAAUACAGCAACGUCACCGAGCCUGCCGUUCACUCCGCCACCACCACCACCUCCUCCUCCUCCUGCUCCUACUUCUGUUCCUGCUCCGCAGAACCAACCCAUUCCGCAACAGCAACAACAAGCACAGCAGCAACAACAAGCGCAGUCGCAUCAACAGCAACAGCAACUGCAGCUGCAUCCGCAACCGCAACCGCAGCCGCAGCCGCAGCAAAAUCUAGUCAAAUCGUCAACGACAGUACAGAUGUUUAGUCAUACUAACCAAACAGCUCAACAACCAUACGCGACCUAUGUACCUACCUCAGAACCGUAUCAGGGUGUCUAUCCGCCCCCAAUGGGGCAACCGACUGUGAUGAUGGCGCCUCAUCCGACUCAGGGUCAAGCGAGCAUGCAAAAUGGCGGUCAGGGAGACGUUGUUUUCAAUCAGAAUCAGGUCUAUACCAAUUACGCGGUACCUAUGCAUCAAGGACCAAUACCACAGUCAGGGGAUAUGGCCGAGUUGUCCGGAUAUUUCUUAGGAAUGAACAUUUACGAUCAGCGUGGUAGCGGAGACAGCCAUUCCACGCCUCCGCAUUCUACGUAUCCGCCUCCGCCACCCUCUACAAAUCAGACUGUACAGAACAUGCAGACAGUACAACCAAAUUAUUGGCAACCACCGCCGAAUCAGAUACCGCCCCAACAGACUAUGUAUUUUGUGCCUCCACCUGGAACGACGAUCUCCGUUGGUCAAAAUCCAGGUGACAGGCAGCAGCUACAUCAACAACAGAGAUUCCCGAAUUACUCUUUUAAUGCGCAAACGAUGACGCCUCCGAGCCAAGCAAGUUCUAAUUAUGUGGGUAGUUACCCGGUACCUUAUAAUUCGAUGCCGGCAGUAACCCCAACACCGAGCGAUUAUACGUAUCAACCUCCAGUCCAAAUGGUUCCUACGUACUAUCCGCCGGGACAACCGACAAUGCAACCACCGCCUGUGAUGUACAGAGUACCUACGCCACCAAAUACGCCGACGUCUAGUCAGAUACCUGGUAUGCCGUUGAUGUAUGUCAAUUCGAGCAGCUAUGCGGCCCCGGCGAUGGUGACCAGUGGAACGUUUGGACACCAGGUCACUCACAACGGCACAUCUCCGGCACCGCCUGCCGCAUACAUGGCACCCACGCUGGUUCCCAAUCUCGUCUUCAGACAAAACGUUCCUGUUGUUCCCGGCGUGCGGGCAACAACGCCAGGUAACUCUCAAAGAGCCAGUCGAUCUCCGACUCCGGCGCACGAGCUCUUCGGAGGUGGGAGCGGGGAUAGAAGCGCACAACCUCAAUCACGUUACCCACUGCCAAUGUAUCAGGGUGUCCAUAUCGUACAAGGAGACAUGCGAUUGAUGCAUCCAGGCGUACCAUCCAACCCCCGAUUGCAAUACGCACCAGUAUCAUCACCGCCUGUUGUUCAAGGUUGUCCACGACCGUACAGGCCACCUUCGUCUAAUGCUUCGGGGGCUGGUACACCGACUUCCUUUGAUGGCAGAAAUCAGAAAAUUCGCAAACAGAGGUCCAAAGUAACAUCUUUACCACCAAGCGUACGACCCAAUCUCUAUCAGGCACCUUCCAUGUCAUCGCUUUCAUCAAACGUGCCCAAGGAUAUCAGAGAAGGAACGGUGAAGGUGACGAUCACCCGUCGGAACCAAAUACAAUUUUGAACAGACGGAUUCGCAGGAUAACAUCGCUAAUAACAAGAGUUACAAUCUCGAUUAUUAACAACAAUCUAGAUUGGCAAUCUACUAUAUUGAGAGAUAUGAUAUAUUCCUAAUAUAUAUUAAUUAUUACUCUAAAUUAUUUAAAAAAACAGCAAGAGAUAUUAUUAGAAGGAAACGUGUACAUUACAUCUUAAAUGAAAAGGAAAGCUACAUUUUUUUUUUUAAUAGUAGAAAGAUGAAACUUAACUCUUACUCGAGAGACUUGCAGUCACACUGAAUUCACGAUAAAACUGGAUUCUCAUGACAACGCAAAAGCACGAGAUGAAA